GAAAACCAAAAAUCAGCUGUUCAGAUGUGAGGCUGGAAAGUCCAACCCUGUGAUAUUAAGAUGCUGUCGUCGAAUUUAUGGUUCUCAUCAUAAAGUGGUAUUAUGGGCUGAGCGGAGGAGGAGCGGGUGGGGCCUGGCUGGGAACAGAGAGGCAGACUGUGGUCACUGACCGGAGACUCUGCUGGCUUUUAUUCUACUGAAAUCAGACCGCAUGUCUGACCCAGGGGUCCGUCUGCUGCCCGGAGCAAAUUGCACGCAUUUCUUCAACAUAUUUAACGGACGCUGCGUUGGCGAAGGGGAGGAGGAGGAUGAAAACAUCGCCUGAUAUAUUUUUUGACGUUUUCGCUCAUAGCCUAUUUAUGGGAGGCAGCAGCUGCUUGGCCCUUUCUUUAUUAUAGGAACGAGAUCUCCGCGGUUAGCUAUGUGAAGAGCAGAUCGCCUAGCAAUUCUCGUUUCGUGAUCCUGACGAACAAUUAUGAACAACGCUCAAGAUAUGUCGCCCGAUUUUGUGUUGAUGCGCCUGGUUUCCGUGGCCGAGGAUGACCGCUUGGACGCAGAAAACGGGAAUCUGCCGCCGGGAGGAGUGGUGGCAGGGCUGGGGAAGGAGGUCCUGGCUCACAGCGGCGUCAAAGCGGGUUUGGAUAUAAGCCGAGAUCCAACGGAGGGCCUCCAGCAUCCCAGCAGCCACCUGAACAAAGCACAGCCGAGCACCGAGGGCACGGCUGCACCUGACUCUGGGGUGACGGAGAGCCGAGCCACACUGUCCGCGCCUCCGCCGCCGCAGAGCUCCAUGGAGGCCCAGGGCUUUGACUUCGCUCCCAGCCCCGGCCUACGGCCUCAGCUGCUAGUCUUCUCCAAUAUAAUGCGGAACGGAGAGGGGAUUUUGGAAUUAGACCGUCGGAAUCAGCCGAGGGAUGCUCUGGAUCAGAGCCCGGGAUCUGGCUGCUCCAGCCCAGCGGUCAAUAACAACACUCUGAGUGUCAGAGGGGUUCAGCAGCAGCAGCAGAACCUGCUGGACCGGACAUGGGGAGCGCAUUCGCCAGCCUCUGUGGAGAUGCAGGGAGCGGCUGAGCUAUGCCACCGGCAUCGACUCAUCGCCACUACGCCAGAGUGGCCCGUGUUGACGGAGAGAUCUAACCCUCUCGCCGUGAUUGACUCUAAAUGGGGAUGCGCCACCAGGGACAGGGAAGGAGCCGUGUUUGAGCUGGCCCGGCGGUUCGGGGAGCUUGGGGUUGGCGCGGUACCCAAAAUGCUGUUCAAAGCAGGCGAGCUCCCACACUGUUCGUGUCAGAGUGCACAUAGGCCGGCAGGAGGGGGAGUAGAGCCCGGCGAUGACCCAACAGAGACUAGCGACGCAUUGUUGGUGCUGGAAGGGCUGGGGAACGGGGACGUUGACGGUUUGGACAUGGACGAGUGUCCGGAGGAUGAGGCAGAUGAUGAAAACGGACGCCGGGAGUUUUUACUCAACAGGAAAAGGGAAAUAGUUCAGAAAAUGUCCGGGGCUUUCUCCAUCAGCAGUUUUCAAGUGGAACUGAGGAGGCAGGUGGAGGAGACGGCGACAGAAGCAGCGGCUGCGGCGCACAUUGCCACGCAGGUGUGCAGCCUCCACGGGAAUUUAUCCGGCCGGCUCUCGCAGGUAAGCUGUGGGAAUACAGAGGUUGUCACGCAUGCUUCAGCCAAGUCACCGUCGACUACCCCGGCCCAGAGCUCGCCCUGGGCCACAAGCCCGAACCUGAGCCAGGCGUCGACACCCAGAAGGCGGCCGGAGCGGUGCGCCAGUGCGCCCCGGACUCCCACGGGCAGGGCCACGGGCGGGGAAAAGAUGCUCAAAGUUCCAGGGAAGUCGAAAAAGGGCUCGUUAAAGAUCAGACUAAGCAAAUUGUUCCGGACUAAAAGCUGCAGCGGCUCCAGUCACCUGCUGGACAAAAGGCCCUCCGUGACUUAUUCAGUAUCUUCUGCCGGGAGUCUGGUGGACAUGGCGUGUGCAGCGGGUGCUGAGCAGGAUGCAGACAGCCACAGCCAGCCCAGACUGACCAGGGCCCACAGUGCCUUUUCCCCAGCCUCCCUCUCUGCCUCUCUCUCAACUUUCACUGGUGAGACCGUUUCUCUAGUGGAUGUGGAUAUUUCACAGCGAGGGGCGAAUACGCCACACCCUCCCACACCUCCACCCCCUCCUCGUCGAAGUCUCAGUCUCUUAGACGACAUAGCCGGGCCCCAGCCUGGGCCUUUCCUAGUGAGCGUCAUGGGCGCCUCACUGCAGUCUCUUCCUCUGCCUCUUCCUCCUCCUCCUCCUCCUUCCCACACCACCAUCCAGCACAGUCUCAGCCUCAAUGAUGCUUUCCUACGGGCCCUUCCUCAUUCAAACCCAUCACCAGCUGAUGCUCCACCCCCCAUCAGACAGGCCCCACCCCCCAUGCUGUGUGCCCUGCGGCGGUCAGAAGCCAGCAACUUCACCGCCAGUCUGAGAGAACUGGAGAAGUGCGGCUGGUACUGGGGUCCCAUGAAUUGGGAGGAUGCGGAGAUGAAGCUGAAGGGUAAACCAGACGGAUCCUUCCUGGUUCGUGACAGCUCAGACCCUCGGUACAUCCUGAGCCUCAGCUUCAGAUCGCAGGGAGUCACACACCACACUCGCAUGGAGCACUACAGAGGGACGUUCAGUUUGUGGUGUCACCCGAAGUUUGAGGACCGCUGUCACUCUGUGGUGGAGUUCAUCGAGCGAGCCAUCAUGCACUCCAAGAACGGGAAAUUCCUCUACUUCCUCCGCUCCAGAGUCCCAGGACUACCUCCCACUCCGGUUCAGCUGCUGUAUCCUGUGUCUCGCUUCAGCAAUGUGAAGUCACUUCAACAUCUCUGUCGCUUUUGCAUCCGACAAAUAGUCCGCAUCGACCACAUCCAAGAGCUUCCACUGCCCAGGCCACUGAUCUCCUACUUGAGUAAGUUUUAUUACUAUGACCCAGAGGAGGAGAUGUACCUGUCAAUCAAGAGCAUCCGGAGGGUAGUGGGAGUAGGGCAGGAGGCCGAGUCGCAGACGUAGCAGCAGGGCUCUUCUCAGCUCAAGUUUUGCUGUGGAGGACUGUACUGUCUGUACUGGUCUACCAGUCUUCCAGCAUCGGCCAAUCAGAGUCUCUGGAAAUCUGUGUGUCCAAUGUGACUGGGAUGGAACCUCCUAUGUGUGUAUUUGGACUAAUGAGAGGAAUGAUGUAUGCUUGCAGUUGGAUGGUGGUGCAAAUGCAGUGGACUCAGUGACUUCUGAGGAGGGACUGUAGAGAUACGCUCACCUGAAAACAUGUCGACAGGCACAAAAACAGAGCCUGAAUUAUGAACUCAAUUUCCUGAACCUGUUGAAAUGGACUUUUAAAACACAAUGCACUGGUCAAUUUGUACAACUGUUGUUCGCUGCCAUUUCCUUGUUUUUCCUUCCAUUUUGUCAAAAAAGGGGAUUUUGGAUUAAAAGAUGUCCUCAGUACUGGCAUACACACAGAGGCAGGGCCACAGAGGCCUGUCAAAUCAUUUGGUCUCUUCAUCAUCUGAAACUGAAACCCAAAAGUUGGACCCUAUGAAUCAGCUAAAAAAGUUUUUUUUUUUUAAAUCCCGUGAGUAAAUUUCUUCAUUUUAUUUAAACUCAUUUAAUGUGAUAUGACACAAUUUGAGGAACUACACUAAGGAAUAUAUUAAGAGUAUUGACUGUGGCCCUUCACAUGCAGCAACCAGCACUGGUUAUUUUCACUAUUAUACAUUAAUCAGUGUGCCAGCUAUUUUUUAAAAGUGGCAAUAGGCAUUUUUCACUAUAACCCAUCUUUCUAAACUGGACUCCUUGUUUUUAAAAAACAAACAAACACCCACUUCUAUUGGGUAAACAGCCAGCCAGCUGUUGUUACUUUAUGUGAACCUACUGUGAGCUUUGAGCGCUCAAACCCAUGGAAUUAAUUCUGAGAUACAAGCUGUUUUGCUUUAAGUCUUCCUUGUCUUUAGCCCCUCAACAACAGGACUUGUGUUUUUUUGCAAGGUAAAGUUUCCAUAGACACAAUAUGAUUGUUAUCCGCGAUUUCAACUGCGGUAGAUACCAGGAAACCAAAAGUGCUAUCCUCAUUUUGUUUGUGUUGGUCCCCAGAGAUUUACCUGUUGGUAGUCAGAGCUGCUGAGUGUAAGUGUUGCUUAUGAGCAACCAUUUAGAAGGCAGUUGGUAUGCUUAUUCUAUAGGCAUUUCAAUAUGCAGUCAUCACUGGAUGUUUGUAGGGAUUUUUUGUGACGUUUUGUGUCAUAUUGUUAAAAAUAUCAAUUUAAUUGAAAUAAGAACAUGGUAGACACUGUUUUGACCUUCUUAAGACAGCAUCCUAAACUUAUCUGGGUCAACAUACUGGCCACCUUGUUAUGUACCCCUGUUUAACUGCCCAUUAAGACAAAUAUCUAAUCAGCCAAUCACAUAGCAGCAACUCGAAUGAAUUGAGGCAUAUAGACAUGGUCAGUAUCACCUGCUGAAGUUUAAACUGAGCAUCAGAAUGGGGAAAAAAUGUGAUUUAAGGUGAUUUCUUUGUUGGUGCCAGACAGGCUGGUCUGGGUAUUUCAGAAUCUUCGGAUUUACUGAGAUUUUCCCACACAACUAUCUCUAGGUCUAGGUCUAUCUCACAGCCCAUUGUUCCUUCAGUGGUGCUAGUUUCAGUCAUUAUGCAAAUGUACUGUUUGUAAGGUUGGGGAAACCUGCAGUCAGCUGAGACUGAAGAAGUCAUUUGGAUGAGUGACAAAAUGUUUCUCCCACUGAAAACUCUACAUCCAGACGAACAGAAUCAGCCUUUUGGGGAAUUAUCUCUAGGGUUUACAGAGAACAGGAAAGAGAAAAUAUCCAGUGAGCUGCAAUUGUCUGGGUAAAAAUGCCUAUUUGAUGCCAGAGGUUAGAGGAAAUUGCCAUUCUGCUUUAAAGUUGCUCCAAUAAUCACGUUUUACAAUAUAGGUAUGCAGAGGGGAAUCUCUCUGAAUGCACAACACGCUGAACCUUGAAGCAACUGGGUGUCUCCUGUCUAAAAACAGCAAACUGAGGCUACAAUUUGCACUCGUCUAUCAAAAAUGGAAAGAUUGGAAAAAUGUUCCCUGGUCUGAAGUUUUGCUGCAACAGUUGAAUGACGAGGGUCAAGAUGUGGUGUAAGCAGCAUAAAAGGAUAUAUCCAUCCCGCCUUGUAGUCACGGUUCAGCCUGGGGGAGGUGAUGUAAUAGUGUGAGAUAUGUUUCCUUAGCACACUUUGGGCCCCUUGGUAUCAACUGAGCAUCAUUUAAAUUCUAUAGGCUACCUGAUUAUUGUUGUUGACCCUGUCCAUCCUUUUAUGACCGUGGUGUACCAUGCACACCAUGUCAGAAAGCUCAGAGCAUCUCAAACUGAUUUUCAGAAUGUGAAAAUGAUUUGACUGCACUCAAACGGCCUCCAAUCCUUUUAGAGCUCCUUUGUUAUGCUGGAGAUUUGCAGCAUAGAUGUGAAGCUGACAAAUAUGCAGCAACUGUGUGAUGUUAUGGGCCAAAAAAAAUCUCUGAGGAAUGUUUACCAGCACCUCCUUUAAUCUGUGCCACGAAGAAUUAAGACAGUUCUAGAGGCAAAAAAGGGUUCAACCUGGUGCUAGCAAUGUUUAGCUAAAAAGUGACUGCUAUGUGUAUAUUUUUUCAGAAAACAUUCAGAGUCAAUUCAUGCUUGGUGUGGGGGAAAUGUUUAGCUUUGAUAGAGGUAUGCAGUCUCAGGCUGUUCUCCUCUAAUAGGUAAAAACAAAAAGCUUUUAUAUUGCCCUCUAAAUACUUGACAGAUUUUUCAGAGUAUAAAAUAUCAGAUAAUAGUAAACACAUUAUUCCCUAAGCGCCCCCCCCCAAAAAAACUCUAAAAUGUCUUUUGCCAUAAAAUUGGUUGUCUUUGUCGCUGUAAUUUAAAUGACAGAGAAAUGACCCCCACAGGUGCUGGCUUAUAGCAGUUUCUGCUAUGCUAUGGGUUCUGCUGAUUCAUGUUUUUGCCUUGUCUUCUGCCAAGAAUGCCUAAAACAUAUAGAGUUAUUGCCUUUAUUUUUGAUUACUGAGCCACGAUGUAAAGAGACAGCCAUUACUACAGUUCAUUAAGUAAAUGAACAUAAAGGUUGUCAAUGAUUUCACAUGCUCCUUACUUCUCCUGAUGCAUUGUAUUCUGGUCUAUUUAAACUCCCGUAUUUGUUGCUCUUAAAAGACCCAUUUGACUUCACAUUGGUGCUGUUCAUGUUCAGACAGAUAUAUACGGAAAUAGUGAAAUUACACCAAAGAGAAAAUAUGUCCUUGGAAAGCUGGUUUACGAUACUAACGGGUAUUUGAUGUGGGGUUUUUCCUGUUUCAGGGUAGAUAUUUUCAGUUAAAGACUCUGAACAGAAAUUUUUGAAUUUGGGAACAUUUGAUUAUUGCCAAAAUGCCCUGCCUCUCAGUGUGUAUACCUCCUAUAACUGCUCUCUACCUGUUUGUUUUAUUUGUUGAAAUGCCCAGGUGUAUUUUCCUCAUUCUGUUUCUCAGUACCGUGAAGCUGGCUACUGGCUUUUCCAGUAAAAAGGAAACAAAAAACAAAAAAC